AUGAAAAGUUUCCGAAAAUUAUUAUGGGACAAGAAUUCGCUAUGCAUAUCAUUAAUAAAAUUUUAUUCGACAGAAAAAAAAGUAGUACCUACUAAACCUAGACAACCUGUUGAUCCAAGAAGAAUUUUUAAAGUGUACCGGUUCGGAGGUAUUCUCAGCAAAGAGAAGCCUAAAUUGGUAAAUUACGACCUGGAUGUUAGCAAAUGUGGACGGAUGAUCUUAGAUGCUCUUAUUAAAAUUAAGGACAUGGAUCCGACACUCGUAUUUCGAAGAUCCUGCCGAGAAGGCAUUUGCGGUUCAUGUGCUGUUAACCUUCAAGGAACGAACUGUCUUGCUUGCAUUACACCUAUUCCACCAGAUAAAGUUAUAACCAUACAUCCGAUACCUCAUAUGUAUGUUAUUAGAGACCUAGUGGUUGAUAUGACUCAUUUUUUUGACGCGUACAACAGUAUUCGCCCUUAUCUUGUACGAUUGAAUAAAGGACCUUUAGGUAAAUACCAAUAUGCUCAAAGCAUUAAUGACAAUGCGAAGUUAGUUGGGUUAUAUGAGUGUGUUCUUUGUUCGUGCUGCUCUACCGCCUGUCCCAGCUAUUGGUGGAACGGACGGAGGUUUAUGGGCCCUGCUACGUUACUCCACGCCUAUAGGUGGAUUAUUGAUUCUCGUGACGAAGACACGGAACAAAGAUUGCAUGAACUGAGAGAUGACUUCAAAGCUUUUCGUUGUCACACCAUCUUGAAUUGCACUCUUGCUUGUCCUAAAGGACUGCAUCCUGGUUUGGCUAUUGCUAAAUUGAAAAGAUUAAUUUCAGGACUUGACAAGAAGCCGCUGUCGGAAAUCAAUGCUAUGAUACAUUCAGAACCUGCGGCUAAGUGUUGAAAUUUAUGCUAAUUUCUUAGUUUCAAGGUAUAUUGUUUUGGCUAUUUAUAAAAAUCACUGUUUUGUAGAAACUUAAAUGUACAUACAAAUAACUGCUGAGAUAUUUUUGCAGCUG